GGUGUAGUGGAGACAUAAGCUUUGUGUUAAAAGAAGUAGACACAGACAGGGGCUUGUGGGCUGAUCUCAUAAAGAGGCGAACUAGCAGCCUCUAACUUUUAAUCACACUUCACACCAAAGAGAAGCCACGAGUCAGAGAGGAGAGCGUUUAAUCAGCGCUGCGAGGAAGGUGAGACACUCAGGUCACACACAGACAAGACAACUGUUUGAAGUUUGGAGAGUCUGCUGGUUCCAGUAAUGAGGAGCAUCCUUGGAGAUGUCAACGCGGGAUGACCAAACAAGGCUUUAGGAACUGUGAGAAGCUGUGAAGGUAAAGCUCCUGGCUGCAGUAUGACUGAGAAGAGGUACUAACAUCUGAGUAGCUGCAGACGCCACACACAGAAAGAGAACAGGCGCAUCCAAAGCGAAACCAAUCCGAAAAGUCACACCUGGUGAAAAUGGAGUCCGCUUUCUCGCGGGUGGUGUGGGAACCUGAGGGAGACGCUGAAGAGCUCUCUCCAAGAGGUCUGGGAUCGCGUCGCAAAAGGGAAUUCAUACCUGAAGAAAAGAAAGACGCAACCUACUGGGAGAAACGCCGCAAGAACAAUGAAGCGGCGAAGCGCUCACGAGAGAAACGAAGGGUCAGCGACUACGUGUUGGAGACUCGAUUGGUUUCGUUGAGUGAUGAAAACGCUCGCCUGCGAGCCGAGCUGUUGGCUUUGAAGCUUCGAUGCGGUUUGCUUAACCCUGGGACGCCUUAUUCCCCAUCUCAUAGGGCUCUGUCUCAGCUUCACGCUUUGGCGCCGCAACCUUUGAUUUCUUGCCCAGACAAAGACCUCUACUGGAGUAGACGGCAAGAUAGAGAGGGUUCUCAUCUAUCGGGGAGCCAACAAGCACCCCUCUGUCUUGGCACCCAUCCCGGGUCGGCGUUCCUGCCUACCCAUCCUAUGUCCAUACGAAGAAACCACCCAUAUCUCCUAGACCUCUCUCCAUCUCUCCAUUCUUCUACAGCCUCACCUUUACUCUUGCCUCCACACCUCGCCCCAGCAGCAGCACCUUGGGCAGGACGGCCCCUGCUGGCCCAGCCUGGGAAUCAGAGGAUCUUGUCGGACGAGGAGGGCGAGCAGCAGGUGCCAGCCGAUUCCAGCACCGCCCUGCCCCAUAAACUACGACUGAAGACGCAAAACUCUCAGCGCAAAGAUAGCAGGGCUAAAUCUGCGUCUCCAAAUCCAACAUACAUAUCAGAUUGAAAUCUAGCUUUGACUCGGUAGUCAUGAGUCAUCCUACUCAUUUUUGAUAACUGAACAUUGGCUAUAUUCCAGGAAGUUUGUUGCAAUCCAUCAAGAUAAAAAAAAGAUUUCUUUGAUCAAAAUGUCACAUAUUUAGAUUAUGUUUCCGAGAUACAUUUAUAGAGUCGAUAUUUCCAUCAUUGAGGUUUAAAGUGGCAAACUUGAAUUGGGAAAAAGAUGCACAUGUGUUUACAAAUUUUCGUUUUACCUUUAAUAUAGACAGGAAAGUAGGUGGUGAGAGAAAGAGAACAGGAUUUUAGGAUUUGAAAAAGGAAUUGACCAAAGUUGGACAAGAACCAUUUACUCUGUCAUAACUUUCACAAUCACUUAUUUUGUGAAUGCAUUUAUGUAUACAUUUACAUUUAUGCAUUUAGCAAAUGCUUUUAUCAAAAAGCAUUGCAUUCACAUUUUAUCAUUCAUGCAUUCCCUGAAAAUUGAUCCUUGGUGUUGCUAUAGUCACGAUCCACUGUUUGAUCUAAAGGAA